AUGACAUCGACAACCUCAGCUCCAGCCACGACCGAUCGUGAAGAACGCAUCCGCAACACCGCCCUUCGACACGCGCAAGACAUCGAAGGGCGCAAACGACUACAAUCCCGGAUCGCGGACCUGGUCGUCGAGGCAUACGACCUGCCCUCCCGCCCGGACGCGGAUCCAGGCCGGCCGCUCGCUGCAGACGCCACGCUCUUUAAGCAAUGUCUCGCGGUGUUCCGGCCCUCCGACCUCGACGACCUGAUCUACGAGCGCAACGUCGACGACCGCUGCGGCUACUCGCUGUGUCCGCGGCCCAACGAGAAAAUUGUCAACGCGGGCCAGAAAGUGUGGAAUCAGAAGGGUGGCAAGGAUUUCCGCCUCCUUGAUCGCGCCGAGCUCGAGAAGUUUUGCUCCUCUGCCUGUCGUGAGCGCACCGCUUUUGUCAGAGCCCAGCUCCGGACGGAGCCUGCCUGGCUUCGCCAGGAAGCGUUGCUUGGGGUCGAUGUGAAGUUACUGGAUGAGAUACAGGCAGAUGGUGGUGGUGGUGGAUUGGUGGAGCCGUUGAAUAAACUGGCCCUGUCCCAAGGCGCUGGCGAGGAGAUGGCUGAGAAACUCGAGGCUCUUGCUCUUGAGCGAGGCGAACCACAAAAUGCCUCGAAUGCUAGCGACCCUCUGCCUAUCAUCGAGAAAGAAAGCGACCAAGUGCCUGAGGCACCCUCUUUAGGUCGGAUCCAGGAUCUAGUUGAGGGUCACCGGCCCCGGAAAGUUCGCUUCCAAAAUGCUUGA